AUGCAAUCCCAAGAUCACCAACUGGCCAGCAAUGCAUGGGAAUUUCCACCCAUCAAAGAUUCCAGCAGGCCUUCCCCAACCGAAACCCUCCUCGGAGGUGGAGCUGGCCUCGAACACAUUCUUGGCACGGCUGCCUACGGUCAGCGUCCAAUUCACAUCGAUCUUGGUCAAGGGCCCAAUGGCCCCUCCCUUGGUGGCGUUGUCAUCGAUCCUCAGCAAGGCGUUGUGAUGCCGGUUGGCCCACAAGGCUUGGUGGGCCAAACUAACCAGCCUCCCCCAGCUAGUAGCCGACUUGAUCGGCAUCUCGCCGAUUCACUGGCCACCCUCCCGAGAUGGUCCGAGGAAGCACGAGUCUUCCAACAAAUCUCAUCCUCCUCCAAAAACCCCGCAAAGAUCCAACGCGUGAUCCUCAAUCUCCUAUCUCCACGCGCAAAGCAAACAGCCAAAGAAGACCUUCAGGAACAAGAGAAGCUCUCCAAGCUGGCCAGUGAAGCCCGAUGUAUGCGAGAGAACAGCUUCUCACAAGUUUAUAGUCGAGCCAGCAAGGCGCUGACGCCCGUCACACCCAAGUCGACGAGUAAAUUAAGGCGCUAUGAUCUCCAACUCUUGUUCUGA